AUGGAUAUAGAUUUAAGAAAAUAUUUAGAACAAAAUCAUAAUCAACUUGCAUGGAAAGAAAAAAUUCAAAUUGUUAUUUUUAUAAUUUUAGCACUUUCUAGAAUUCAUAGAGAGAAUGCAAUUCAUAGAGAUUUGCAUUCUGGAAAUAUAUUAUAUAAAAAGGAUGAAAGAUUUUAUAUUAGUGACCUUGGAUUUUGUGGACCUGCAGAUAAGCCAUUAAAAAGUAUAUAUGGAAAUCUUCCUUAUAUAGCACCCGAGGUUAUUAUUGGAAAAGAGCAGACUUUUAAAUCUGAUAUUUAUAGUAUUGCAAUGCUUAUGUGGGAAAUUUCAUCUGGACAACCACCAUUCAUUAAUUAUGAACAUGAUUAUUAUCUUGCAAUGAAUAUUGUUAAUGGCAUAAGACCUAAAAUUGUACCAGGUACUCCUUUAGAAUAUAAAAAUUUAAUGAAACAAUGUUGGGAUGCUGACCCAUUAAAAAGACCUGAUAUUGAUACACUUUUGACAAAAUUAAGUGAAAUUAAUUUGAUUCAUGAAUCAAGUGAAUUAUUAACCCAAUUAGAAAAAUUGGACAUAAGUAACUUAAAAAAUUACACUAGUAGUAGCAGUAAAAUACAUCAAUUUGAGAAUCUUUCUGAACCAAGAAAUGCAAUGGAAGGUACUAUUUAUUAUUAUAUUAUUUAUUAA